AUGCAGCAGAAAGGCGCCAUCCAGAUCAUCGAGUGGGAGGACCUGGACAAGAGGAAAUUCUACUCUCUGGGCGUGCUGAUGACCCUAAGCACGCGGGCCACCGUAUACCCGGCCAGCCUGAUACGCACGCGACUGCAGGUGCAGAAAGGCAAGGCGCUCUACUCAGGCACGGUGGAUGCCUUCUGCAAGAUCCUGCGCACGGAAGGCGUGCAGGGCCUGUACCGCGGCUUCAUGGUCAACACUUUCACGCUGGUGUCGGGCCAGGCGUACAUCACCACCUACGAGCUGGCGCGGCGCUACGUGUCGCGCUACUCGUCCAGCAACACGCUAAAGUCUGUGGUGGCGGGCGGGGCAGCGUCGCUGGUGGCGCAGACCAUCACCGUGCCCAUCGACGUGGUGUCUCAGCACCUCAUGAUGCAGGGCCAGGGCGAGCACAGCGGCCGCUUCAAGGCCAAACCCAAAAUGAUGCUGGCCGCCACCAAGCGCAGGCUGACCUUCGGGCAGACGAGGGACAUUUCCGUGCAGAUUUUUGCCGCCGACGGAUUCAGGGGUUUCUACAGGGGCUAUGUGGCAUCUCUGCUCACGUACAUCCCAAACAGUGCACUCUGGUGGCCUUUUUAUCACUUUUAUGCAUGCGUUUACAUUUGCUGGUAUGUUUUUGUGUUUCUAGAGCAGCUGUCUCUGAUGGCACCCAGUGAGUGCCCCCACCUCAUCUUGCAGGCACUGGCCGGGCCGAUGGCCGCCGCCACCGCCUCCACCAUCACCAACCCCAUGGACGUGGUCCGGGCGAGGGUGCAGGUGGAGGGCCGCUCGUCGGUGGUGGAGACCUUCAAGCAACUACUGGCGGAGGAGGGCGUUGGCGCCAUGACCAAGGGUCUGUCGGCCCGCAUCAUCUCCUCCACGCCCACAUCGGUGCUCAUUGUGGUGGGCUACGAGACCCUCAAGAGGCUCAGCCUACGAGACGAGCUGGUUCAGUCCAGACACUGGUAG